UGUUGGCUUGUGCCGUAAUUGAAAAACUUGCCACUUUGAGGGAAAAAAAAUCCUGUUCUUGAUUAUAUUUUCUCCGCAGACAAAAUGCGUGCCAAACCAGGUCCUUGAGGAGGAGUUGGUCACUCGCUCUCCAUUACGCAAUAAUCGCCUGCUGCUGACAGUUACCGAGAAUAGAUUCGGACCUGCAGCAUCAGUCAACUGUCAAAAGGAACGAGAGCUGUUUAUGUACGUUAUAUUAAAACGUUCACGAUCGGUCAGAAUAAGAAAACGCAUACUGCGAAGUGACAGAGAAAGGGGGCGCCAGAGUCAUCAUCCUUGUGUUAAAAAUCUUCUUAAUUCGUGUGAAGAUUCAAGCUAUCGGAUUUCCAGCAUAGAAGAUCUCGCGUUGGUUUUUACAAGGUGUUGAUCGAAGCUCCACUUUUCCUUUCGAGAAGACGGCUGCAGGAAUCCCGUGUGCAAACAUCCAAGAAGAUGGCAGUUUCAUUUCCAGACGGCAGAUCGUUUCUAAUUGUGAGCUGGGAGGAAAAUGUUCACGUUAGAGACGUGGAACGGAUUCUGGACAAUCACUUCCACAACCUGGCCCACCAGUUACACACCAAAUGCGAACUGCGGAGUCUUGGCUUCCGGCAGGUUCUCGUUCUCCUGACGAAGACAACAGCAGGCGUGUUAAAAACAAUUGCUGCAAAUACAAGUGUUCCAUACAAAAAUGAAGAAAUUAAACUUAACAUCAAAAUCCCUUCAGAAGAAUCCUUUACUUUGGAUUCAAAGAAUUUGGUUGGAAAAACAGAAAAGGUUCCUGAGAAACAUGAUGGAGAGAAUAUUAUAGGUGAACACCAGAUUGAAGACACAAGCCAAGAAGAAAUGUGUAUAGAGAUCCCACUUGAAAAUGAUUUUGUCACUUUUGUGGAGGACAACAGAAAUCUGUUGUAUGAAGUCAUUAAAAUGAAGUUUGACUGCUCUGUUACGAUUUGUAUAAAGGAUAAUAUACAAACUGCUGCUCCAAAAAAAUCAAUGACUUUCAAUUCAGUUCCUGUUAUCAAGUCAUUGUCCAGAAUGCCUGCUUUGCCUACUGGAGUCAGAUACGUGAAGAUCCUACCAGAAGGGUUUCACAUUUUUGUCUGCUUGGAUCAUUUGGCAAAACAUAAAGUAGAUGCAAUAGUGAACAGUGCCAACAAAUAUCUGAAACAUGACUAUGGUGUUGCCCGUGCUUUGGCAUUGCAAGCUGGCCAUGAAUUUGAAAUGGAGAGUAACAGCCUGGUGCACAUGCAUGGUGCGGUACCAGUUGGUACAGCAGUUGUCACAGGUGGUGGACAUCUUCCAUGUAAGAAGGUCAUUCAUGCGGUGGGGCCUGUUUGGAAUCAUUAUUCAGAUUCAGAAUGUGAUCGUCUCCUGUUGUACUCUAUCAAAAAUAGCCUUCUGCUGGCAAAUCAGCUUGGAAUGACUUCCGUCGCCAUUCCAGCAGUGAGUUCUGAAAAUGGUUUCCCACUACAAAGAUGUGCAGAGUUGAUAGUAAAUGCAGUUAUUAUUUUUUAUUCAAUAUGGCAGGAGACAGAUCCUUUGAAACAGAUCCAUUUUGUGAACUCCAGUGAGAUAGAGACUGCAGCAAUAGAAAAUGCGUGUGACAAUAUUUUUGGACACUCAGACCAAAAGCAUUUGCCAAGCCACGAUUUUGUUCCAAACAGUAGCCCAAACAACGAUUUUGUUCCAAACAGUAUACGUGACAUAUUUAAAUUCCAGAAUCUACAUUUAGAAAUCAAGAGAGAAAAUAUUGAAGAACAGAACACUGAUGUGAUUGUGAAUGCCAUUUCAAGGGAUCUAAACCUGGAUGUGAUCAGAGUUUCUAAAGCUAUUGGAGAAAAAGCUGGCCCUGAGCUUCAAAAGGAGCUUCGUAGAAUUACAAAAAUGGAAUUAUUGCCUUUAGGAGAAGUGUUAAAAACAUCAGGAUUUCUUUUGAAUUGCAAAUAUGUGUACCAUGUUGUGUUUUCUCCAAAUUCAAAUCUCGAAUCUGAAAAGUUUUUAAAGACGGUUAUUUGUAGAUGCUUGGAGCUUGCGGAAGAAGAUGAAGUUUGUUCAAUUGCAGUUCCUGUAACAACCGAUACUAAAUUAUCGCUUCACCCAAGGAAGAUGGCUAAACUUUUCACUGAAAUAUUGAUGAACUUCAUAGAAUUGAACAAACAAAGCAAACUUGCUACUGUUUAUUUUGUGCUUCAUCCAGAAGAAACUGAAAUUUACGAGGCAUUUCUGCAGACAUUUGCCAGACACAAGCAACAAUCUCAAGAAAGUCCAAAACUUCCAUCAAUAAUUGAUUCAAUGCCUUUUCUUGAACAGGAAGGAAGGACUGAACGAAGCAUUAAACUUUGUGGUAAAGAUUAUCCUUUUCUAGAAUGUGCACAGACUUGGAUCAAUUGUACCAUUCUAUCUGACCAAGGCUAUCUCAUCAUAGAAAAUAGAAACCUCAUUUAUUUCUCGGAAUAUGAACAUAAAGUCUUAUCUGCCCUUGGGAUCAGAGAAGAGAUAACGAUGGAAGAGACAAUAAAUGAAAUGAAUGUAUUCAUUGAACUAAGUGGACCUCACUUUGAGAUUCUGUAUGCGGCACUGCAUAUAGAACUCUUACUUUGCAAACUGCAGGAGAAUAUGGUACAAUUGAAAGAAACUCAGCUGCUGCAGUCUGUAGUACAGUGGAUUUAUUCAGUAGAAGAUGAGAUAAAUCAGUAUAACGUCACUGAAAACUUCCUUCUAGAAAAGGCCUUUGUAGAUAAUAAAACUUUAUUAAUGAUUAAGGUGAACAAUACUGAACAGACAAUAUAUUUGCAAAGACUUAUAGGAUUGAAUGAUCAAAGAGAUCAAUUUAAAGUUGAAAGACACGUUCAGGGAGUUGAUUACUUGAAGAACUUACCAAGUAAUUGGGGCCCAAUGGUUAGUUCAGUUUUCCAGAAAAUACCAAUGAAAAUUACUAGUGAUGAAUUUAAAAAAAGAACCGAGGCAUUUGAAGAUGCAGGCCUCACCAUUCUGAAGAUUGAACAAAUACAGAAUCCUGUCUUGUGGGCUUGCUACUUAAAUACGAAAGAAAAUAAUAAAGAGUUUAUGCAAACUGAUGGAAGUGUUACCACCUUGUAUCAUGCUGUUCCCAGCUACUUCUGCAACUUCGUCUGCAGAAUUGGAUUUCAGGAAACAUAUUCAUAUGUACACGAAAAGGAAUAUGGUGAUGGAAUCUACUUUAGAAACAACUUGAAAAAUCUCAUGAAAAGAACUAAUGUCGUUGGGAAAAUAAUUCACAUCUUUGAAGCUGAAGUAUUCAUUGGCAAUUGUAACAGAAAGCCCACAUUUCAUAUUUCACAGCAACUAAAAGAUUAUGAUUGUUGUGAAUACAAAGACAGUAUUGCAGAGAGUACAUCCAAAGCCUUUGUUAUUUUGGACAGUUCUCGAGCUUAUCCACAUUAUUUGAUUACAUGCAGAUUGUAAGCACAAAAUUUACCUAUUACAUAUGAAAUGUGUAAAAUGAUGCUGCAUUGUAUCAACUAUUUGUAAUUCACACUUGGUAAACUGGUUAAUAUCUAUGGCUCAAACACAAGGAAAUCUGCAGAUGCUGGAAAUCCAAGCAACACACACAAAAUGCUGGUGGAACUCAGCAGGUCAGGCAGCAUCUAUAGG